AUGGAUUUUGAAUUUCGAGCUCAACGAGAUCAAGAUCGACGAUCAGUCGAAGAUCUUUUCGAAUUUCAAGGCCGAAUGAUUGGUCGUGGAACUUAUGGGAAAGUUUUUAAAGCAAAACGAAAAGACAGAACUGAUACAACCGAUUACGCAUUGAAACAAAUCGAUGCAACUGGACAAUCGAUGUCAAAUAGUGCCAUACGAGAAAUCGCUUUACUACGAGAACUUAAUCAUAUAAAUCUUAUUAAUUUGCAACGUGUUUUUUUAUCACAUGAAGAUCGACGAGUUUCAUUACUGUUUGACUUUGCUGAACACGAUCUUUGGCAUAUAAUUAAAUAUCAUCGAGCGGCGAAAGCUGCUAAAAAAACAGUUCCAUGUGCACCUGGAAUGAUCAAAUCGAUUCUCUAUCAAAUUCUUGCUGGCAUUCAUUAUCUACAUUCAAAUUGGGUUUUACAUAGAGAUUUAAAACCAGCUAAUAUUUUAUUAAUGGGCGAUGGUCCUGAACGUGGUCGAGUGAAAAUAGCUGAUAUGGGCUUUGCACGUUUAUUCAAUGCGCCACUUGUACCAUUAAGUAAAAUUGAUCCAGUCGUUGUUACACUGUGGUAUCGAUCGCCUGAACUUCUGCUUGGGAGUCAUCAUCAUACAAAAGCCAUAGAUCUAUGGGCUAUUGGAUGUAUUUUAUAUGAAUUAUUAACACUUGAACCGUUAUUUCAUUGUAAACAAGAUGAUAUCAAAGCAUCAUCACCUUUUAAUCGUGAUGCACUUGAAAAAAUGUUCCAAGUUCUUGGUUAUCCAUCAGAUAAUGAUUGGCCCGGUAUCAAACAAUUGCCUGAUCAUCCACGAUUGAGUAAAGAAGGUUUUCGAGCUAUUCAUUAUGGUCAUUGUAGUAUAGAACAAUGGAUGAAAAAAGUUUUCCCUAAUGGGCAUCCAAGUUUUUCAUUAGAUUUAAUGAAACGUUUUCUAACGUUUGAUCCCAACAAGCGUAUUACAGCUGAAUAUGCUCUCACUGAUCCAUUUUUUAAACAGCUACCUUUACCUCAUCACGAUGCUUUCUAUGGUAUGGACAUUCCAUACGGAAAGCGUGAAUUUAUUGUUGAAGAAGAAGAUCAACAGCAGCAGCAACAACAAACAGCUGCUCAACAAGCACCUCCUCCCAUGGAAGAAUCAUCAAUUCAAGUAACACAAGAAAAUUGUCAUGCUCCUGUUCAUAAAAUGAUUCUCAUACCAGAACAACAUCCACAUGUACAUCUUCUUGCUAUGCAAGAAAAUCAUGAACCUCUUGCAAAAAGGCUUAAAACACAAGAACCACCCUCUUUCUAUGCUCAAAAACCUUUAGUUUCAUCACAAAUGCUCAGUAUUCAUCAGCAACUUCGGCGAUAG